CGUGACAUACGCUCGUUUCAUCUGUUCCUUCCCUCUGCGGGAGGAGGAGGUUAUUGUAAAUUGUCUCCAUAAUGGCGGAUACAUGUGGCCAAGUACUGCUGGGAUCUGGACUGACUGUCCUCUCCCAUCCUCUUAUGUACAUCAAAGUUCUAGUGCAGGUGGGACACGAACCCCUUCCUCCUGCAUUAGGGAGAAAUUUGUUUGGUCGACAAGUGUAUCAGUUGCCAGGACUCUUUGCCUAUGCCAAACACAUUGUGAAGAUUGAUGGUAAAGCAGGCCUGUUCAAUGGCUUAGCACCACGACUCUGUGCAGGGACCAUUGGCACAGUAGUGCACAGCCGUGUCCUGCAGAAAUGCCAGGAGGGUAAAUAUGAGAUAAUUGGGAACAGCAAUCAGAAAGAAGAAGAAGGAUCGCUUCAACAUGUCGUGAAUGAGACGACCAGAGAGAUGAUCGCUCGUUCCUGUGCCACUAUCGUCACCCACCCGUUCCACGUAAUUACCCUGAGAUGCAUGGUUCAGUUCAUUGGCAGAGAAACCAAAUACAGUGGUGUGUUUGAUUCUGUCGUAACAAUCUACAGAGAAGAGGGCAUUCUUGGAUUCUUUGCUGGCUUGAUUCCUCGUCUCUUGGGUGACGUCUUUUCCCUCUGGGUGUGCAACAUGCUCGCCCAUCUCAUUAACACAUAUGCUAUUGAUGACUCGAUGAGCCACACGGGAGAAAUAAAGAACUGCUCACAAGCCGUCACUGGGUUCUUUGCCAGUAUGCUGACAUACCCAUUUGUGUUGGUGUCCAACCUAAUGGCUGUUAACAAUUGCGGUCUUGCAGGCGGCCUUCCUCCUUAUGCCUCUGUGUACCCAACAUGGGUGGACUGUUGGAGACACCUGAGUUUAGAGGGAAACAUGAGUCGGGGCAACAGUUUAUUUUUCAGGAAGCUACCUGCAGGGAAGACGUACGCCAUCGAUCAGAAAAGAUUUUUUUAAACCGGAGGCUGAAGGGCAUAGCAUUUUAUUGUAACAAUAUAAAUGAUGGGUCGGGUGAGGUGGACCUCUAAUCCUUUGUAUGCACUUGUUUACAAUAACAGACUCAUUUUUUUGUUGUUGUUGUUGUUUUUUUAACAACAAACUGUCAAGUCUGGCUACAAGUAAAAGACAACAUGUUCACUGCAACUCGGGCUGCUUUGAUUGGAAAUGUGAAGAGCUUUAUUUUAAUAAUUAGAGAUUUAUAUUAAUGACUAAAUGAAACAGGGGUAUCUCAUUUGUGGACAACCGCAUCCUAAUGAUGUCUGUGCAGAAGUGUCCAAUCAGCUUCACCGAGGGUCGGGGCCAACGUUCCGGGGCCAGAACAGCCCCAUUCGCCCAAGGAAACGGCACUCAGUUAAGAAGUUAACUGUGAGAUUGAUGAAGAUAUAUGCACGCCAGGCUCCCUCAGAUGACCUUUUUUUUCCUUUAACUGACCAACUUGGAUUGAUAGUCAAAAGAUGUUUCCCCCCCCUUACCCAAGGAAAUUAAUGCAUGUAGCGAUGUUAAAGCUGUUAUUGGUCUAAUGUUAAAACAAGUGUGGGAGCUCUCUCGUCCACUCUGAAUGUCUGUUUUGUGGUGUACAGUGUUUUCAUGCUGAAAAUUCAGACCAGGGCCCACGUGGCAAAUCUGUCACUCACUAGCUGUCCGUCUAUUGGAAGCUGAUUUUGUUGUAAGUAAUUAAGUGGAGCAAGUUGAGGAUGAGGUCUCCAAAGCAGACAUUCAUAACACUGAGCUCAUUCUGAUUGAUCCAAAUAAAUUGCAUUUUUUGGGGA